AUGUGGGCCUUCCCGGAGUUGCCGAUGCCGCUGUUGGUGAAUUUGAUCGGCUCGCUGAUGGGAUUUGUGGCCACACUCACCCUUAUCCCUGCUUUCCGAGGCCACUUCAUCGCCGCGCGCCUCUGUGGCCAGGACCUCAACAAAUCCAGCCGGCAGCAAAUCCCAGAGUCCCAGGGAGUGAUCAGCGGUGCUGUUUUCCUUAUCAUACUCUUCUGCUUCAUCCCUUUCCCUUUCCUGAACUGCUUUGUGGAGCAGCAGUGUAAAGUCUUCCCCCACCAUGAAUUUGUGGCCCUGAUAGGUGCACUCCUUGCCAUCUGCUGCAUGAUUUUCCUGGGCUUCGCGGAUGAUGUACUGAAUUUGCGCUGGCGCCAUAAGCUGCUGCUGCCCACAGCUGCCUCACUACCUCUCCUCAUGGUCUAUUUCACCAACUUUGGCAACACGACCAUUGUGGUACCCAAGCCCUUACGCCCGAUCCUUGGCCUGCAUCUGGACUUGGGGAUCCUGUACUAUGUCUACAUGGGGCUGCUGGCAGUGUUCUGUACCAAUGCCAUUAAUAUUCUAGCAGGAAUUAAUGGCCUUGAGGCUGGCCAGUCACUCGUCAUUUCUGCUUCCAUCAUUGUCUUCAACUUGGUGGAGCUGGAUGGUGAUUAUCGAGAUGAUCACAUCUUUUCCCUCUACUUCAUGAUACCCUUUUUUUUCACCACCUUGGGACUGCUCUACCAUAACUGGUACCCAUCUCGGGUGUUUGUGGGAGAUACCUUCUGUUACUUUGCUGGCAUGACCUUUGCCGUGGUGGGCAUCUUGGGACACUUCAGCAAGACCAUGCUCCUCUUCUUCAUGCCCCAGGUGUUCAACUUCCUCUACUCACUGCCUCAGCUCCUGCAUAUCAUCCCCUGUCCUCGCCACCGUAUGCCCAGACUCAAUACCAAGACAGGCAAACUGGAGAUGAGCUAUUCCAAGUUCAAGACCAAGAGCCUCUCUUUCUUGGGCACCUUUAUUCUAAAGGUAGCAGAGAACCUUGGGCUAUUGACGGUGCGCCACAGUGAGAAUGACGACGGUGCCUUCACGGAAUGUAACAACAUGACCCUCAUCAACUUGCUACUUAAAGUCUUUGGGCCCAUGCAUGAGAGAAACCUCACCCUCUUCCUGCUGUUGCUACAGGUCGUCGGUAGUGCUGUCACCUUCUCCAUUCGGUACCAGCUUGUCCGACUCUUCUAUGAUGUCUGA